UGAAAAUGCUCCUAACUGGGUGGAGUUCGAUAAGUUAAGUUCACAAUAUUUUUUUAACUCAAACAACUUCAAUUUAGAAAAAGUAACUUAUAUCUCAAUGUAAUAUUUAGAUCAAAUUCCAUUAUCUAACUCUCCUCGGACUCACUCGGAGUCGAACUCUAUACUAACCGAACACAUUUCAUGUUUUAGAUCAGGAAUCAAGGAAAUCAAAAUCGUCACUUCUCUCCCUGCCGCCAGUUCUCCAGGCCCCAAGGAAUAUAAAUGCAGACCAACAUUCAAUAUAAAUUUCAAAGCAAUUUGCAUUACCCCAGAAAGAGAUGAUUAGCGUUGAAGCUAAUACCAUUUGAAGAUGCAUUGACCCGUUUCAUAACCUGUAAAGAAAGCCGAAUGUGGACCAUUUAUACUAUAUUAUGAUGCGUUAUUGGAUCCAUUAUACUGAAUAUUACUACAACACACAUUCGAUUUGUGUGAUCAAGUAUGCUUGUGGGGGGAGUCAUUUGGGCCUGGGUCGGCUGGUGCACUAAAUGAUUUGAGUAUCAGUUCCAGUUUUUGAGGGAUUUGGAUUAUAAUGACUACUUGAUCUCAGUUCUUUAGAUUUUAAGUUUUAAAAGAAAUGGACCGUACUUUUGUGAGUAGAACCUGGGACAAGUGGGCAUCGCACUGUGUAGGCUCUUCUGGUCAGGCAUUGAAAGCUGCUAUGCUUGUUAACUAUGAUCCAACUGGGCCUUCUCGCUUAUUGUCGACCAUUGAAGAACAAGAAGGAAUAAAAGCAGAUCCAGUUGAGUUGAGUCAAUUUAUUAACUUUAUCAAACGGAAUAAUCUUCAGAGUGAGAGCUUCUAUAUUGAGUCAAAUCAAUAUGUUGUAACGUCAAUAUUUGAAAACUGGUUUUCUGCAAGAUGCAUGAACACGUCAAAUCAUGCUGGUGAAGGUGCCAUUGUGAUGCAAACAGCGGCAUUCCUCCUUGUGGCAUUAUAUGAUGGUUCUAUUGCCUCAGCGUCUCGUGCGAUGGUUGCUGUUGAUCAAUUGUCUUGGCAAUUGGGCCGAAAAAAUCUUUAACUGAUUUUCGGAGAUAGUACGUUUUGGUUGUAGAUCACUUGGAGAGUCAUCUAACCUUAGGCUUUGGUAAUAUGUUACAACCUUUCUUAGUGCCGAUGAUUUACAUUAAGAAUGAUGAGUAUCUUUAAAUUGUUUCCGCUUUUACUGGAGGUUGUUCAUUAUUUGAUAAGUUGUGAGUUUAUUUGUUUC